CAUGUACACAUUGCAAAGAUUAUCUAGUAUUAUCUUGAAAUCAUGGUGUUUUACUGCUGUGUUCCCAAUUGUAAAUCUUCAGGAUUUGAUGAAAAUGUAUCAAUGCAUAAAUUUCCAAAUGAUGAAAGGCAAAUUAAGGUGUGGAAAGACAGGAUACGUAGGUCAGGGUCAUCGGCUACAAAGGAUGACUUUAGAGUAACAGCCAGCACCAGAGUCUGUUCAAAACAUUUCCAAUCUGUAGACUAUGUUUGCCCAGAUGCAGCAAAGAAACGUUUAAAGUGUGAUGCAGUUCCAUCUGUUUUCACAUGGAUUCACACACCAAACGGAAGUCACCGAGAAAGAGAAAGUUUGAGGACAGCGAUGAGACAAACACUGCAUCAGAAGGCGAGGAGAGAGUGCAUCAGGAAGUACAGGCUAAUAUAG